AAUCUGGUGGCUGACAUAGGAACUUGCCGCGAAUAGGAACAAAUCAAGAUGGCCGCAACCAACUCGAGUUUAGCCAGUGAAAUUCCAACGAAGAAGGAGGAUGAAUUCAACGAAUUUUAUUCGGAAGUCAAAGAAAUUGAAAAAAGGGAUUCCGUGUUGACUCCCAAACAACAAAUCGACAGAUUAUUGCGGCCUGGUUCUUCUUACUUUAAUUUAAAUCCAUUUGAAGUUUUACAAAUAGAUCCAAGUACUUCUAUAGAUGAAAUCAAAAAAAAAUAUCGACGUAUGUCAAUACUUGUGCAUCCCGACAAGAAUCAAGAUGACGCAGAGAGGGCACAACAAGCAUUUGAAAUUGUUAAUAAAGCAUGGAAGACAUUGGAAAAUGAAGAAACGAGAGCAAAAUGUAUGGAUGUUAUUGAAGAGGCAAAGGCUCGUACAGAUCACAUGAUCGCUGAGAAAAAGAAAAAAUUAAAAAAAGAAGGCAAGACUGACAAUUCGACAGGUACUAUGUUAGAGGAAGAAACCGAAGAAGGAUAUAGGCAUGCUGUUUGGGUGAUGACAAUGAAAUUAUUUGCCGAUAUGGAAAGACGAAGAAGAGAAUUAGCAACCAGAGAUGCCGAACAACGAAAGAGAAAACGAGAGGAAGAAUUAUCCGCGGAAGCUCAAGCGGCCCUGGAACGUGAAUGGCAAAGAAACUUCGAAGAAUCUAGACAAUCACGAGUCGAUAGCUGGAAAGCUUUUCAAUCUGGCUCGAAUGCAACUAAACAAAAGAAAGCAAAAAAAUUAAAAGCCUUUAGGCCACCAAAAACGAAGGCCGAAUCACGAUAAUUAAUGGGAACUUAUCGCCUUUACUUCUCAUCGGAUUUAGAACCUUUUUCAAUCUCAUUUGCUCCAAUGUUAUUUCAUAGAUAUUUUCAGCAAGAAAAAUUCUAGAUCAUAUUACUUAUAUACAUAACACAUUGUGUGUCAUCGUACGCGCGUGAACUCUUACAAAUGUCCAUUAAAAUAUUAUUAUCGUCGAUUUUCUCACUUUCAAUCCACUUAUAUAUAUUUAUAUAUAUAUAAUAUAUAUAUGUAUAUAUAUAUAUAUAUAUAUAUAUAUAUAUAUAUAUAUAUAUAGAAAGAAAGUUGUUACUCUUAUUGAGAAUCAAAGUAAGAAAAAAAGGAAAAAAGAAAGAAAAUGAAAAAAAGGGAAAAAAAAGAAAAAAAGAAACAAAAGAACAAGAAGAAAGAAUAUUCGAGUGUUAGAAAUGUGCGGUAAGAGGGGAGGGGGGUGU